UUGUAAUCCGCUGCGUCUCACUGUCAUGCGCAGCGGUGGCACUGCCAUGUUGGAUCGAAAGCUCGGUGCACAGGAGUUCAGAUGAAAGUUUAGAGGCUCAAGACGACACUGGAUAACCAGACGAGGAUCGCUUCUUAUUUGUGAGACGCAGGACUUCUCUCUCAACCCAUUCCCGGCCGAAACACACACAGGUCUGGAUAUGAAAGGCUCCGGAUACAAGCUGCGGUGAUCAAAGAUCAAUGAACGCAUAUUUUCUGUUUAACACUUCCUGAUCACAAGUUCACACCAUCGGAUUGUCAAAAUGAGUGGUCCGCCUUCAACCAGGAGGCCUGCGAGUAACAUCGGCUCCAUUCUUCUCACACACCAAGAAAACGAAGUGCUCUUCAACCAUCUGGGCAGGAAAUGCACCAGUUUGUGUUCAGCGGUGGUGCAAGUCUAUGUCGCCGACAGAAACUCGUCCUGGGUGAAGAAGUGCUGUGGUGUGGCAUGUCUGGUGAAAGACAGCCCUAUGAGAUCUUACUUUAUCAGGGUGUUUGAUAUGAAAGAGGGAAAAAUCUUGUUUGAUCAAGAACUCUACAACUCCUUUUCAAUAAACAGCUCCAGGCCUUACUUUAUCACGUUUGCUGGAGACGCGUCCCAGAUCGGGCUUAAUUUUGCCAGCGAGGAGGAAGCCAAGCGCUUCAGGUCUGCAGCAAAUGAUCUUCUGAUUAGAAAGAGGAAAACCGAAAAAAGACGUGACCCACCUAAUGGACCUUCAGGACUUUUAGGACCAACACUUCCAAUGGCAACGGUGGACAUAAAGAACCCCGAGAUCAACAACCAGCGUUAUCAAAAUAACACUCAAAUGAACAACAUCAACCUCCACAGCAACUUCAACAGGAAAGACAAAGCCAAAGGCAAAAACAACAACAAGAAGAAGAAAAUAUCCAAAGCUGAAAUUGGCACCCCAAGCAAUUUUCGGCAUGUUGGGCAUGUAGGAUGGGAUCCCAACACGGGUUUUGAUUUGAAUAACCUGGACCCAGACCUAAAGAACCUGUUUGACAUGUGUGGCAUUUCUGAGGACCAGCUCAAAGACAAAGAGACGUCCAAGGUCAUCUACGACUUCAUUGAGAAGAAAGGAGGAGUAGAGGCUGUGAAAAGUGAACUUCGACGACAAGCACCUCCACCUCCACCAUCCAGAGGAGGACUUCCACCUCCUCCACCCCCCCAUAACUCUGGCCCUCCUCCCCCCCCUCCUCCCUCCAGAGGUCGGGGAGCUCCACCUCCACCCCCACCAUCCAGAGCACCCACCUCAGCUCCCCCCCCUCCUCCACCCUUCCGGCCUGGCAUUGGUGCACCACCUCCCCCCCCCAGCAGAGGUCACGGGUCAGCUCCUCCACCACCUCCACCUCCCCAACCCGCCUCCCUGUCUCCACCGGCCCCUCCACCCCCUCCUCCAUCAUCUUCAGGUGGAGCUCCACCUCCUCCUCCCCCUCCUCCUCCGGGCCCGCCUCCUCCCGCGCCUCCUCCACUAACGGAGGUUAAUUCAGGGGAUCUGCCUGAGGGAAAAUCUGCACUCCUGGACCAGAUUCGAGGAGGAGCGCAGCUGAAGAAGGUUGAGCCGAACAGCAAGCCGGCCGUGUCCACUGGAGGCCGUGGCGCUCUCUUAGACCAAAUACGACUCGGCAUUCAGCUUAAAAAUGUACCGGACUCUGCCGACUCGGCUCCGGCCUCUCCGGCCUCGUCCGCUGGGAUCGUGGGCGCUCUGAUGGAGGUCAUGCAGAAGAGGAGCAAAGCAAUCCACUCUUCAGAUGAAGAUGAGGAUGAUGAUGACGAAGAAGAUUUUGAAGAUGAUGAUGAGUGGGAUGACUGAUGACCAGGGCUGCCCAAAACAAUCAAGACACUACAUUGCUCUUGUCUUAUGUAGUGUCUUUAUAAAUCUUAUCAAAUUGUAAUGUAAAUGGAUGACCAAUUUGCUGUACAUUUAUUUUUUUUUUGUUGCCUUUUUUUUUCUUUUCUUUUUUUUUCUUUUAUUAAUUAAUCUGUGCAAUACCUCAUUUAAUCUGUAAAGGUUUGUCAUGUAUCUCCUGUAAAGUUUUCCCCUCCUGGAUUAACGUGCAAUUUUACAUCAAGUUUCUUGAUUUGUAAAGUUGAUUAUUUUGGGUUUUUUCUUCUUUAUUCAUUGAAAGGGAGGUCGACUCUAAGGAACAAGAUGAGCGAGACUUUAAUGUUGAUAUUGUGAAGCAAGAACACUAUUUUCAUACUUCUCUCUUAUGUACCUUACCUUUUCUUAUUCAGAACGUAGUUUAGCACUAUUAUUUUCUUAACAAAAAAAAAAAAAAGAAGCAUAUUUAGCCCUGUUGCUUAUUUGUAAAUUUG